AUGCUAGAAGAAACCUCAUUUAGGGGUCGUACUGCAGAUUUUGUAUUCAUGUUUCUUUUUGGAGGAUUCCUCCUUACACUUUUUGGUCUUUUUUCUAGCCUCUCUUUCCUUAGUCAAGCUUUUACCCUUAUGUUAGUGUAUGUCUGGUGCCGCAGAAAUCCUUUCCUACGAAUUAAUGUCUUUGGUCUUCUCACACUUCAGGCUCCCUUUCUGCCCUGGGUUCUUCUGUGUUUCUCUUUGCUAAUAGGAGAUUCCAUCCUUCUUGACCUGCUGGGCAUUGCAGCUGGACAUAUUUACUUUUUUCUAGAAGAUGUUUUCCCAAACCAGCCUGGAGGAAAAAAGCUUCUAGUUACUCCUGCUAUUUUAAAGCAAAUAUUUGAUGUGCCAUUAGCAGAUCCCAAUUAUAAUCCACUACCAGAGGAUUCUGUAAACAGACAGCACCAAGAUUAA